AUGUGUUCAUGCAUGCAUAAGUACGACGCCAAAGUUGAUUCGGUGUUACAAGUGACAAAAGAGAAUUAUGAUAGUUGUAACACAUCAAAGCCCUUGAAGCAAUACAAUGAUGGAGACACAAAGUUCGAGCUAGAUAAUUCAGGAGCUUACUUCUUUAUCAGUGGCGCUCCUGAUCACUGCGCUAAAGGCCAAAGAUUCAUCUUGUUGUAUUCAUUUUAA